AUGGUCUCGGUGCAUGCUCUAAAUUUUGCAGCCAGUCUUCUUCGGCUUCCAUUGUUGUUUUCAUGGGUUCCUCGUCGCAUGGUAUGCACUCGAUUUAAACUUGUCCUCGCCGCCUUAAUUUCGAUGGUGCUCAGCGUCAGCAGAAGAUUAGAGCUUGUCCUGACUGCAGCGAGCAUCGCUGUACUCAGAGCACUGAAGACGAACGCAGUUGGAUCUGGGAUGCUGCUGCUAUUGCUGCUUAAUGGCGGAGCCAUCUUCUUCAUACGAGCUGGAGAGAGAACCUCGCCCCGGUACUCAAUGAUCCCUCGAGUCUGCUGCCUGUCGACGGAUUGGCGUUCCGAUCUUUCUGCAGCUGCGGCGGAGGAAGAGGUAAAGGAGAUGCGAGGUAUUGAGAAUUCGAUCCGGAGCGGUGCCUGCGCUGCUCGUACACGUGCAGAGCAUCCCGCUUUCGGUGCCAAAGCCAGCAGCAGCAGCACUUUGGCCUCGAAAUCAUCACUUUUCCCGGCGCCGGCACCAGAGAGGACCCACUUCGAGGACUGUCAGAGAAGGAUCGCAUCUUCACCAAUUUCAUGCAUGGACGACAUGAUCGAUUCUUGGAAGGACCUCUGAAAAGCGGAGACUUGGCAGCAGAAGUGCACAGAUUGGAUCGUGAGUGAGAUGAAAAGAGCGGUCUUAGGGGAAGAUGAGGUUUUAGGUGGUCAUUCAUGCAAGGUCUCGGAAGGGCGGCCCUCGUACUUUGGGGUUAACGCUGAAGAAAGCGAGCCCGGAGCUUGAAAAGAUUGGGAGAUCGUGAUCCGCGAUCGAGGGAUGUGUUACAUACAUUCGCCUGCGAGGAGCAGGCCGUGUCCUUGAGAGGCUAGAUUGCCACAAUGAGGGCUCUGGAUUAAGCCAAUGCCGCCGUGUGCAUCAGCAAGUUUGCGGGUCUUGAUACGAUUUUGCCUACACCUUCACUUCACUGCUGGAGCUUAUAUCUGCGAAGAAAAGCUUGGCUUCUCGAGAGCUUGGAUGUUCCUUUCUGUAUUUGUUGUCCUUCAUGUUUCCUGAUCUG